AGAGAGGAAAAGGGAAGCGACGAUCUCUGCCCUUCUAGAAGGUUCGCCUCGUCGGUCCCCUUCCCCCCCUCUCCUCUCAAGCUUCAGAGCCCUCUCUCUCCCUUACACGAGGCGAGAUCUGCUCCCCUUCUCCCGAUUCAACCAACCACCACCUCAUCUCCGAUUCCCCCUCUUCUUCUUCUUCUUCUUCCUCUUCUUCUUGGUGGGGGUUUGGGAUUUCUUGACUGGACGACCUCGUGCGAUUUCGGGAGGCAGGAGCCAUGAACGGCAAUAAGCAGUCCCUGAUAUACAGCUUCGUGGCCAAGGGCUCCGUCGUGCUGGCCGAGCACACCGCCUUCUCCGGCAACUUCAGCACCAUCGCCGUCCAGUGCCUCCAGAAGCUUCCCCCCAACACCUCCAAGUCCACCUACUCCUGCGAUGGCCACACCUUCAACUUCCUCGUCGACCGCGGCUUCGUGUUUCUCGUCGUUGCGGAUGAGGCCGUUGGAAGGAGCGUGCCGUUUGUGUUCCUAGAUAGGGUUAAGGAAGACUUCAUGCAGCGGUAUGGCUCCAGUAUCGACGAGGAGGGUCAACACCCGCUCGCCGAUGAUGCAGAUGAUGAUGACUUCCUCUUGGAGGACCGAUUUAGCAUCGCCUACAAUCUUGACCGGGAAUUCGGACCGAGGCUGAAGGAUCACAUGCUGUAUUGUAUUAAUCAUCCAGAGGAAAUUAGCAAGCUCUCCAAAGUGAAAGCACACCUCACGGAGGUCAAAGGGAUUAUGAUGGACAACAUUGAGAAGAUAUUGGAACGUGGAGAGAAGAUUGAGCUUUUGGUCGGCAAGACUGAAACCUUACAAUCACAGGCUGACAGCUUCCACAGGCAUGGAAGAGAGCUCAGGCGUAAGAUGUGGCUUCAGAACCUGAGGUUUAAGUUGAUGGUGGGUGGUGCUGUUGCGGCGUUGAUUCUCUUCCUCUGGCUGAUUAUUUGCGGGGGCUUCAAGUGCUAGAACAUUGAAAGCCUUUUUCUUUGUUUUGCAUUCGAUGUGUUUACCGUGUCGUGUGCAUAUAUAACGACCAGCAAAUCCUGCUUUCGAUAUGCUUCGUGCAGAGUUAAAUCUCCUUAUGGACCUUUAUUCCUUGUAGCCUGUUCUCAUGUUUCAUAGUAUUACAAUAGGGGGGCUCUGGAAAUGGAAUACUUGUGUAAACAAACCUUGUGAAAGGAGACAACUUAGCUAUCUGUAUUAUGUACAUUCUGAAAUGCUAAUAGCUUAUUUCAAUCUCAUUUUCAUUGGUCA